UGUCCCCCGGCGGCUUUUUAGAGAGAGCACGCUCGUAUUUCAGGUAAUUUUCAACGCCUCAAAGGAACAAGGCCUGCUUUUAGUUUGCCGGACAGUGACCUGGUCUUCAUACGGACUACACUGAGGCACAAGGUGGACUAAAAUAAAACCAAAAACAGGACCGCUUGAGGGAUGUGUUCUUAAAAGGAGAUCCGCCAGCGGCUGUCAGAAACCGUGCUACAGAUUGAACAUGCUGCAGGUUGUAUGACUGACAGAUAUGGGGCCAGUGAGAUCAUAUUUGCAGACUUUCACUGUGGUGGCAGCUUUUUGCCUAUUUUUGACCGUUGAAGGUGCGAGGCCGGAGGUGCGUGGAAAGGUUGGAAGUGUGGUGGAGUUGGAGUGCAGUUUUCCUCCAUCAGACCCAGCUGCUGUGUCCUCUGCAUCUCUGCAUGUGGUAGAAUGGGUUCGACAAGGACUCGACAUCCCUGUCUUGAUCAAAUUUGGAUCCUAUGUGCCUCGGGUCCAUCCACAAUAUGAGGGGCGGGUUUCUCUGGUGCGUAUCACCGCCCUGAGGCUGGGGGGCCUGCAACUGGAUGAUCAGGGCUUGUACGAGUGUCGAAUCCUCUUACUGGAUAAACCAACAGAUGAGCUGCGAAACGGCACCUGGACUCUGCUUUCUGUAACUGCUCCACCCACCUUCACUGAAGCCCCGCCCCCUAUGGUGGAGGCUCUGGUUGGAAGUCACCUCUCUCUUCCCUGUGUUGCCAAUGGCAACCCUGCUCCAACCAUCACCUGGCUAAAAGAUGGAAGUGUGAUUCAGGGAAUAAAUGAUCAGGAGGGAGCCUUAUCUCUGCGAGCAGUGAGCAUGCAGUCAGCAGGACAGUACACCUGCCACGCCUCCAACUCUGAGGGAAACGUGACUCGCGUGACAAAAGUGAAGAUCAAAGGUCCGCCUGUCAUCGUUGUUCCUCCCAAAAGCACCUCUCUCAACAUGUCCCAGAAUGCACUUCUGCGGUGCCAGGCGGUAGCCGACCCCCCCAACAUGACUUAUGUGUGGCAGAAAGGUGGAGAGAACAUCUACCACAUAGAGUCUUUGAAAACACGAGUGAAGAUCGUGGUGGAUGGAACUCUGCUCAUCUCCAGCGUCAUCCCAGAGGAUUCUGGGAACUACACCUGCAUGCCGACCAACGGCCUGCUGACCCCGCCCACCGCCUCUGCCAACCUCACAGUCUUGCACCCAGCCCAGCCUCUUCAAAUGCCUCAAGAAACAUACCUUCCCACUGGUAUGGACGGCAUGGUCACCUGCCCGUCGGCAGCUCAGCCGCCGCUUCUCCAUGUGGAUUGGACAAAGGAUGGAGAGCCACUCGACCUUUCCUUGUAUCCUGGAUGGACCUUGACACCUGAGGGCUCUUUGUCAAUGGCCACAGUUAAUGACGAUGCAGCGGGCGUGUACACGUGUACCCCUUACAACAGCUACGGCAGCAUGGGUUCAUCUGGGCCAACCAAUGUAGUUCUACAGGACCCCCCAUCAUUCAGCAUCACUCCAGAGAAGCAAUACAAACAGGAGGCUGGUAGGACCCUGCUCAUCCCCUGUCAAGGAAAUGAGGACCCAACAGUUAAAGUGACCUGGAGGAAGGUGGACCUGGCUCGUCGCAUCUCUUACUCCAUAGAACCCAACGGUUCUCUGCUGCUGCAGCCUCUCACUAAGGACCACCAGGGGGUGUGGGAGUGCAGUUCUGCUAACCGUGUAGCCUCGGUGAAGGCCAGCACACAAGUCUUUGUUCUGGGAACCAGUCCCCAUGCGGCUACCUCUCUGUCCGUCUCUCCAGGGGUGAAGCAGGCCAACAUAUCCUGGGAGGCAGGCUUUGAUGGAGGAUCAGCACAGACAUUUUCAGUUUGGGUGAAGAAGAUUUCAGCGAGUGAUAAUGAUGGGAAGCAGGACUGGUUCUCUGUGCCUGUGCCCCCGUCCUCUGGCACCAGGCUGCAAGUGACAGGUCUGUCUCCGGCCACCGACUACCAGUUCAGCAUCCUGUCUCACAAUAAAAUGGGCACGGGACCCUUCAGCGAGAUUGCCACCACACGGACCUUGGAUCCUCCACUGAGGAGAAGUAAACUAAAGCCUCCUGCAUUGCUGUCAGCUAAUCAGGGCUCAGCAGGUGUUGUUCUGCAAUGGUCCCUUCCUGAAGCUCAGCACCCUCCCAUCACAAGCUUUGUUCUCCAAUCCCGCACUGAGCAAGGGGAGUGGUUUAAUUUGGUCGACGACAUCAGUGCCAACAGUAGUGAAUUAGUCGUUCCAGGUCUACACAAGGACUGUGUGUACGAGCUGCGGCUGCUAUCUCGUCGCGGGGAGUUGCUGAGCGAGCCCAGUCCAUCAGUCAAUGUCUCAACCGUGGGGAUGGAGAUCUACCCCGGCACAUCCCGACUCCUGGAGUUCGUCCCAGAGCCAUUACUGGCUGGCGUGCUGGGCGGGGUCGGUUUCAUGUGCUUGGCACUUGUCUUGCUGCUUGGGUCCGCCUGUGUCAUCAGCCACAAGAGGGACCAGAGCCGCAGAAAGAAGAAGGAUGAGCCCCCUCCAGCCAUCUAUAAAUGCUCCCCAUCAGUAAAGACUUCAGGCACCGGCAGUCCAGACAGUGUGUUGAAGAAAAGCCUGCUUCCAGCCAGCACCUUCUAUCCCACCACUUCCUCUACCACUACCACCACCUCCUCCUCCUCCUCCUCACAGACAGACUGUUCCUCCUUUAGCACUGAGAAUCAUCAUCGGCGGAAGCAUCUCCCAUCCAACUACAGCAGGGGCCUUACUAGGACAACUUCUUCUCCCAUUUCUCCUCCAAUUGAGUUGAUCUCUAGAGGUCCAGAUGGCCGCUUCAUACUUCCACCAUAUGACAAUGACACAUUGAGUGUUCACAGCAGGAAAAGUGUAAGGUAUGACCAACCUACCAGAGUCAGAAAGUCUGUGUCACUGCACUCUGGUGGAGAAGACAGGAAAGAGCCGCCUUUUGUGCUCUCUGUUGAUCUCCCACCUUGCAAACCAGUGGAAGCCAACUCCACAAACCAAAUCUGCGGCAUGGCCCAGCACCUGCCCUGUCAAAAUCCUUCUAUCUUGAAUCAGAAGGCAAGCUAUGAUGGCUUUCCUGACAUUAGCAGCCUGUGCUCAAACAGUAGUUUGGCCACAAUUCCUCAUCAAGACCGAGUACUAACUCCCUCAUUUCCAGUGCUACCACAUAUCCGAUCCAGCCUAGGUCAGCCGUCUACGACCGCCAGCAGCCUGGUGCUCCAAAUGGAGCAUGAGCGGGAGACAGGGAACCUGAGUCGCUGCCUGAAACUGGCUCAGGAGCGGGAGGAGCUGGAGAGGGAGCUCCAGAAGUACACACUAGAAAGAGGCUCUAUGAGGGAGCAGCCAGACUUGGAGAGAAGAGAAGCUGAUGAUAAUGAGUUUGUCUGGGAAUAUAAAAGUAGUACCUUACCACACAGAUACCUCCAGGGCAGCAAGAAGAGCUUUGGCCUAUCUCCAAGCCCUUUCUCUUCUUCCUCUGUCUACUGGGAAACCUCUCCUCCCAUUCUGACCCCAGCCAGGACCUGUUUCAGUGUGUCUUCACCUACGAGUCCCUCUUGCUUUAAUUCCGGCAACCACCAUCUCGCUCCAUCUGUCGCCAAACAGACCCCCCUCCUCCAAUCUGAGGAGGCAGGCAGUUUUUCCAUAGACAGAUUAACUGUCCCGAAUCUCUCCUCAAAGCACCAGAGACAUGAAAAGGUAGAGGCAGCACCACAGGGCUAUGAUAAUUCACCACAAUCCACAGUCUUAGAAAUGCAAACGAAUGAUUCAUGCUCUGAGGCACGGAGACAGAACAGUCUUAGUCAUGGCAGCCUUUCAAUGUUGUCUUUCCAUAGCGAUAAAUAUACUGAAAACUCUAAUUCGGCUCUCGAUACACUGCCAGACUCUUCAAAAGAGGAGGCAUCAUUCCCCAGGCCAACUGAUGAGGGCGUGUGUGUUGAGAUGAGUGUGGAUGAGCCAGAGUUGGAAGUAUGCGUAAUGCGGCCUACAAAGCCGAUGCUGCACCACAGAAUCGCCUCUCACGUGCAACACGGGCGGUCACUGACUCAGAGAGGCCGGUAUGAAGACAUGAGGAGGAGCACAAGCUUUAACUGCCAUAGUCCUGCUUCUGUUGACCAUAUUAUCAGGGUCCUGGCUUAUCCACAGCCUCCAGAACCAGAUCUCUGGAGAGCUAUGACCAAAGGCUCUAAAUUCUGGGACUCUAAGCAGCGAAGUCAGAGUCUAGACUUGAGGAGACGGAAAGAGAACAAUUUCCUGACCCCUGAUGCGUGGAUAGACUCACUCAGCCAAGAGAACUGCUCUUCUGCAGCUUCAGACACUGUGUUCAGGGAACCCCAGAGUUUUCCUACCAGGAAAAUCUCCAAAUCUCCAGCAAAUUCUCCCUCUGCUACCCAAGCUGCCACCUGUUCACCUCCUGCUGUGGACCAUUUAGCCGCAAGGGGCAGUCCAGAGAGGGCCAUACCAAAUCCUGAUCUGCCUUUCCACUACGAGCCAAGAGGAGAGGCAUCCAUCUUUCCAAAUGCUGCCAAAUGGCCAAUCACCUACCACCAGGAAGCCAUGAAAGAAGCAGAAGGUUACUUGGAUGCCAUGAAGGAAAUUUCGAGAUGCUUAACCCACACCAACAAUGAUCAGGAGGUACUACUGGAAGUGGAGGCAGGAGGCUAUGAGGGAGUGCCAGAGUCCGGGAGCAGCUACAGCAGUUACGCCAGCAGCGGCCGAGGCAGCAUGGAGCCCACCAAUGGACGCCUGUCUUUGUGUCACCUUUCUCCAACCCUCACCACCUCACCUGAGACUAUAGAGGACAGCCAGGGGAGUACAGAGGACAAGCACAGCCACAAAAUGGAACCAAGCCAGAGGAGAAAGGCUUCUGUUGAUGAGAAUUAUGAGUGGGAUGCUGCAGAUGUCUACUCACAGCCUAGAGACCGUGAUGUACAAACCAGAGAAACAAUCUGUGAUGGUGUGCAGAUAUACAGCUCCAUUCUGCUCUUUUGACACCGAGUGGGCAGCUGACUUCAUUGACUGAUAAAAUACUUGUCUUACAUCUGAACCAGCUUCCAAUUAUACUAAUGGCAUUAGUACCACAGCACCAGACAAGCCCCUAUCCUGAGGAAAUGAUCGGAGGUAAUGUCACAGUCAUCUUUUUUAAUACUGUGCGAUUCCAUUUAUUUAGACUUUUAUAUCACUUUGACACCACAGAUUACGGGGUGGGACAAACACGUAUUUCUUGUCUCUGGCUGUGGAGCAGAGUUUUCACAAUGCUGAGAGCAAACAGCCAAAGCAGUAAUGAGUAUGUACAAGUGCAGCCGGAGCAGAGGCACUUCACAACAGCUUAUUUUAAAGGCCAACACUCGUAGCAUUCAAGCGACAAAAGAGUAGUUCACAUCGACAGGUAAUGUUUUUUGUUGUUGUUGUUUUGUCUUUCACUAUGCGUACAUGGCAUGAAUUUGUCAGCUGUGUAUUCACUGGGAUUCAGGCAGCCUUUUUUUUUUUUUUUCACCCUGCGAUUCCUUUUCAAAGCGUUCUCUACAAGAAGUGACACAAUGACAGCUUGAGAUCAGCUUUAUAUAUAGAGGUUGCAUAAUGCUGUCUGACGCUGUGUAUGGGUUGCAAUCUUUUUUGUGUUAAUUAAUCCCAAACACACAAAAACUGUUUGCUGUUUUAGCAAAGAAAUCAGUCCAUAAUUGGCCUGUUUCCAUUGUGCCACGAGCAGCUACGAACUGAUUUCACGCUGCGUGAGUUGUUUUCUACACAUGUGCAGGCUGGUAACCUGCGGCUGGUCCUUCUCGUUUUGUUACUCACUGCUGUAUUUGAAACUCACAAGAUAAAAACCAAAAAUUACCAUCAUCUUGUUCUGUAAAAACAAUUUGGAUAAAUUAUCGCUGUCAGGGUUAAGCUGGGUCACAACUACACUGUGUUUCCUGUGACUGUUUCACAAUAAAAGCCUGUGAUUUACCUGCCGGAGCAUUUAAUGUGAAGCAGCAGCAGUAACAGUAAGUGGAUUUCAUGCUGCUUUGUUUCCUGUGAAUCCUUCCUAUGUUUGAAGACAAUCUGAAUGUUUUACUCCAUCACUAACUGUAAAGCUACAGUUCUGAUAAGUAGCAACAGAAUUCAAAAACACUGAGUGGCUGAAAAUCUUGAAGCAGCGAUCAUUAAUAUUUUUAUAAUGACAGUGUCAAUGUGAAGCAAAUGUAGAAGGGAACGUUAUCCAGUGAGGAGCCUACAGAGAAUUGCCAGCUGAAUCUACAGCUCUUCUUAGUUUCUGGAGCUUCACAGUGAACUUCAGCUUUGUUUGUCAGUCCAGCCUGAAAAUGGACUGUUUUGGUUCAGUCUCACUGCUCUCAUAGUGUCGUUUUCAGCCACAGCAGGCAGCUGUUUUCAGUGAGAACGCUCUAAAAACCCACCGUCCCUGCUCACGCUCCCUGCUCUGCACCAGACAGCAAACAGACAUAGCAGCUAAAAAGCCAGAUAUUUCUCCCCAGAAAUAAAAACAAAACACAAAACAAAACCCAUGGCUAAUGAAUACUGAAUUCAUAAGGUGGACAGAAACAUUACUCCAAAUGAACGCUAACCUCGCCCUGUAACUGUUGGGUGUAUAAAUAAUAAGUUCAACUGAAAAAGUGAUUAUAAUGUUUCACAGCUGGUCCCACGUGGCCUAAAAUUUUCCUUAAAAACCAGUUAAUGCAAUGUCAUUAACAUGUCAUGUUGUGUCCCCUGUCAGUCCUGUCAGUCAAAAGUCUCAUGGAAUGUAAAGUGGUUCCAUUAUUUCCAAUCACAUGCUCAUGCCCAGUCUGGACAGUCUGGACUUUUCUCCUCAGUGGCAUAGCUAGAUGAGUUUACAGCUCUUACAUCUGUUUAAGUUAAAACAGAGAAAUUUGCCACCCUGAAAUCCACAUUCGCUUAUUAAAUCGUGACUCAUGUCAACUAGAACAAGCUAUUUAAUAUAUUGUAAAAGACAUUUUUUCACUGUUUCUUAACUAUAGUUUUUUUAAAAAUAUUUUUGUUGAUAUUUAGAUAAUAGCUAGAGAAUCGAUAAUGAAAUUAUGAGUUUCAGCCCCAGCUGACAACUCAUCAGACAUUUAGGAUCAGCAACAGAGGCUGACAAAACACUAUUCUGCAAUAAAACAGCAAAAUAACAAGAUUACCAUGUUGUAACAAAUCUUGUACAUGAGCCUAAACAACCUGAGGGGUUACUACAACAUGGGAAUUAUACAUUAAAUGCACACAUGAUAGAUUUCUAGCGGCAGCACAGUGACAUUUUCAUACUGUGUUCCACUGCGAUGUAGUCUUUUAUGUUUCAUUUAACCUUGCAGACAUUCAUAAUUUUUUUUGGUGUGUUUUUUUCCAUCUUUAAGUGGACUACAGCAGGUAUUUUAUUUUGCAUGACAGAAAGAAUGAGGACGGCAGUUAGUGUUUGUUGCUGAGAACAAGCCGUGACUGUUAUCUCCAGCCGAGUGUAAAAUUAGAGUGAUUAUCAGCAAUAUUACCGUAGAAAUAUGGUCGGACGUGGAUAAUUUAAAGAUUGAAACCUAAAUGGGAGUUUUUCAAUCAGUCUAUCUGCACAUCCAGCAUUCAGCCCGAGAGGCGAGAAUUCACAACAUGUCAGCGAAGUUAAUUACCUAAACGAAUGCCUCCCAGCAGAGUGUGGAAUAAUAGCAUCAGGGGAGAGAAUGACUUUUCUUCUGUUGUAUUGGUUUUAUAGUACAGCAGAAUCUUUCUUAACCCGUAUUUCACUUUAAUUAGCCGUUUGCCCAAGAGACAGACUUUUUGAAAAACAUCUGUGUUCUUGUUAUCUCACGGGCAGUAACCUUGCCGUAAGUGUUUCUUAUUCUCUCAAUGAUUACAAAGUGUGCUCAUCCAGAAUUGAUGACCUUAUUAUAAUGGGUGGUUUUCGCGUGUCUUUGAGAAUCCGCUCGUACAAACAGAUAAUUGAGCACAAUUUUUCACAUCGCCUCCUGACAUUAUAGAACACUUUUCAGGUUUUUGCUUUCUGGCAAAUAUAUAUUCAACUGAAACAAAAUAGCCCUCUAUUCAUUAACUGAAUUUUUUUUUUAUAAGGAAAAUAUAUACAUUUUAUAUUAUUAAAAACAUAGGAAAAUAUAUAGAUUCAUAUUAUUAAAAUAAAGCAUAUAUUGUGACUACUGUUUGCUUUUGUAAAUUAUUAUAAAACUUCGUGUUUGUUCUCAUUUCUGUCAGUUUUCUCACACUUGCAACUAUGUUUACAACAGCACCAAUAUAUCAUAAUAAAAGAGCUCAUCAGGUUGGGAAAAUAUGUCAGUAAAUAUUUAGACAGAUUCAGUUUUCUUAUUAAGUGCGACUGUUAUUAAUAUCUGGAUGAAGAAUUCUAGUUUUUAAAUAUUGAUCUAGUUUUCAAGUUAUAUUUUGUAAUCUCAAACUUUAAGAUUUGUAUGUAAACAUUUGAUUCUAUUGUAUUAGCGGAUUUUCUUUGGAAGACAACAAUAUUUUAUUCGUUUUUUUAUGUUUUGUGUACUUGUGUGUCAUGCAAAAUCAUUACUUUCGAGACCCUUGUUGAAUAAAUACUCUGUAUAUGUACUCCCUGAAUCAGGGUCUACAUUGUUUAAGAUAAAAAUAUAAAACUGUAAAACAUUUUAGGAACUUGUGUACAGUGACAUAAGCAUCUUUACAUUAUAUAUUUGUAAAUCUCUUUGUCCUUCACUGCCUCUUCAAAAUGUUCUCCCAACAUUAACCAUACUGUAAAGUCUAAACACUGCAUGUACUUAUUUUUUGUCAUAUUUUAAUAAAUAAACCUGA